AUGUCGGCUGGACGCUCAUCAGUACUACGUCAGCCGGAGGGAUCUCGAGCAGCACCGAGUGGACGAGUUUUCACCACUCAGGUAGAAGAGCCUGCCGUACCAGAUGACGUUGUGGCAGGUACUGUUUUAAUUAAAGGCACUAGAGCUAGAGCAUUAUUCGAUACUGGUGCAUCUCACUCAUUCAUUGGCGCGUCGUUCGCUAGACCACAUGGCAUUGAAGUGUUGUAUAGCCCGGAUUAUUGGUGGGUUAAUGCACCAGAGCAUUCUUUUAGUGUCCACGAGGAGUGCAAGGCUUGUCCAGUACAGAUAGGUGAGUGGAUUAUGCUGGCGGACUUUCUUGUGUUGAACCAGAUGUGGGGCUAUGAUGUUAUCCUCGGAAUUAAUUGGCUCUCAAAGUAUUAUGCUGUUAUUGAUUGUGAGAGCAAGGUGAUCACUUUUCGUGAACCUAACCAAGAGGAGGUGGUGUAUCAUGCAUGUAAAAGCUCGCGCUUCGCGGUGACUGUAUCGGCGUCGAGGACAAGAAAGAUGAUUAAAGGUGGAUGUGUGGCCUAUUUGGCGACGAUGGUGGAGACUCAAAGGAAGCCCCCGAUGCUUGGGGAUAUUCGAGUAGCACGUGAAUUUCCGGAUGUGUUUUCGACAGAGUUACUGGGAUUACCACCGGACCGGGAGAUCGAGUUCGUUAUUGACUUGGUUCCCGGAACGACGCCAGUUUCAAAGGCUCUGUAUAGAAUGGCACCGGCGGAGUUAGUAGAGUUAAAAGCUCAAUUGCAAGACUUACUUGAUAAGGGCUUUGCGAAGCAGAGUUCGAGUGUUGGAGCAGAGUUCUGCACUUUUCCAGAUAUUCUGGAGGGUCGUGGCCAAUGGUCCGACCCAUAG